AUGAUGCUCGCUGGACUCUGGCUUCUUCUGCCGCUUUUAGAUGUGCUGCAUGGGGCCGAAGAGGGCGGGCGGACAUCGCGCAUGGACUGCGUACGGGCCAGCGAGCAGUGCCUGAAGGAGACGGCGUGCAGCAGCAAAUACCGCACCUCGCGGCAGUGCGGCACGGGCAAGGAGGGAAACUUUAGCGCCGUGGCGCGGCACGAAGCACAGAAAGAGUGCCGCGGAGCCGUGGACGCGCUCAAGCAGAGCCCGCUCUACAACUGCCGUUGCAAGAGGGGCAUGAAGAAGGAGAAGAACUGCCUGCGCAUCUACUGGGGCAUCUACCAGACCUUACAAGGUAACGACUUUUUGGAGGAUUCUCCUUAUGAGCCUGUCAACAGCCGCUUGUCGGACAUUUUCCGCCUGGCACCCAUCAUUGAGGGUGCCGAACCACGGAGCGGAUCAGCCACGUUGUCGCCGACGAGGGGGGGCGGCCGGGCCCGGGGCCCUAAGCUGGGCCGGGGUGGGGCCUUCUCAACAGACCUGCAGGACCCCAGUAGAAACAGGAGGGCCCACCCCAACUGGGCCAUAUUGGGUGAGCCGGCGGUGGCCCGGGAGAACAACUGCCUGAACGCGGCCAAGGCCUGCAACUUGAACGACACCUGCAAAAAGUACCGCUCGGCCUACAUCAGCCCGUGCACCAGCCGCGUUUCCACUGCUGAAGUCUGCAACAAAAGGAAGUGCCACAAGGCCCUCAGGCAGUUUUUUGACAAGGUUCCUCCAAAGUACAGCUACGGAAUGCUGUUCUGCUCGUGCCCGCUGAGCGACCAGACGGCGUGCUCGGAACGCCGGCGGCAGACCAUCGUGCCCGUCUGCUCCUACGAGGAAAAACAAAAGCCCAACUGUCUGGAGCUGCAGGCCUCCUGCAAGACCAACUACAUCUGCAGGUCGCGCCUGGCCGACUUCUUCGCCAACUGCCAGUCGGAAGCGCGCUCGCUGUCUGGCUGCCUGAAGGAAAACUACGCAGACUGCCUGCUGGCCUACUCGGGCCUCAUCGGCACAGUGAUGACGCCCAACUACCUUCGCUCGCCCAAGAUCAGCGUGUCUCCGUACUGCGACUGCAGCAACAGCGGCAACAGCAAAGACGAGUGCGAAAAGCUGGUCACCUUCUUCACCGACAAUACGUGCCUGCGUAACGCCAUCCAGGCCUUCGGGAACGGCACGGACAUGAGCGUGUGGCAGCCCCCGUCUCCCGGCCAAACCACCACCGCCGUCACGUCGCCGCGCCAACGCCACCCCAACAACCACGUGGACAACCACAUCGAGAGCGACCCCGGAAUAUACCACUUCUGCGGAAGUCUGCAGGCUCAGAAGUUGAAGUCCAACUCCAGCGUCGACAGCAUCUUCUGCGACCCGCAGAUGGAUGGUCCGAGCACGUCCAACGCCAUUGUGAGGAAUUCAUCCGGCGACCGCCGACCCGUCGCGCUGACAUCUCUGCUGCCCCCGCUGCUAUUGUUGUGGUACUGCGGCCGCAGUUUCAAAUCCACGCUCGGUGACUUGUAG